GCUCUAACCCAGAAAGUUAAAGCCCAGAGAGGUCGCCGAUACCGUUGCGAGCGAGCGCGGCCGGCUGGGAGGGAAAAGCGGCGGGGAGGCGGCAGACUGAGGGAAAAGGGGGGGAAGGGGAAGGGGCGGCCACUGCGGGGCGGUUCUCCCAGGUCGGGCGGGGCCAUGCCCGGAAGCAGCCCGGGGAGCUGCGCAGGCGGCGCCGGGGCCUGGAAAAAAAUCAUGGAUGGAAGAACAUCGUCGUCAAGUCAAGUCAGUUUUCAUAUGCCAAAGAAGAAACCAAACACCAAGUCAGAGGAUGUCCAAGUUCAGUCCCCUUUGACAAGGCUCCCAGGCUCCCACCAUUGGGACUACCCUUUAAAAGAGUGGAGAUUAAGUGCCAGCAACAGAGGGACUUAUGCAAAAGGAAAAAGGCAAAGGGACUGUGACAGAUGCAGCUCUAAUGAUGAAGAAUCCAUUGGGCAACCCAAAGUUAUCUUGACGAAUGUCCUGAGGACGAAAAUAGGAAGAAAAUACACACAGGCGCAACCUAAAACUGAUGAUUUUUCUGAUGCUGGCAAGCUGAACUCAAAUCAACCACCCUCAUCAUCUGUUGCCAGCCUAAAGAUAUGGCAAAUUUUAAACCCUACUAUCCAAAGUCUUUUUCUAUCUAAAAGGCAACCUCAAGUUAUCUUGACGAAUGUCCUGAGGACGAGAAUUGGAAGAAAAUACAUAGACAGCCACGUAAUAAUUGAUGCUGAUUUAUCUGAUGCUGACAAAUUACAAUCAGGUCAACUAGCUUCAUCAUCUGUUACCAGCGUGCAGACAUGUCAAAUAUUAAGUUCUCCUCGUGAAAGUUCUUUUCUGUCUGAAAGGUCGGAGUAUUGCUCAAGAAUGACAGAUGAUGAUCUGUCUGAAUUGACCAAAGCUUCUAAGGAACCAGAAAGAAGUAACGUCUUCACCUGUAGAAGACGAGAGCUACAGAAGAAAGAAAACAAGAACUGUGAUGAACUGGAUAAGAGGAGAAGAAACACGAACAGUACUUCUCUUAGUUGGAAGGGAUCAAGCUGUUUGGAUUCUGAGAAAAGGAAAAGAAGAUUUAGUGGCCAUAUUUCUGAUGAUUGUAAUGCACACAUUCCAGAAAAAUUACUUCUACAGCCUAAAGAGCAAAGAUUGAGUUCAACUCCAUCUCCUGGCUGCAGAACUCCCUGUGAGGAUGAACAAGAUCACAGAUCUAACCUGGUGCAGGAUUGUGUUGCCCGGACAUUGGAGAGAGACUAUAAAUUAGACACUUUCACCCACAACCAUUUAAAGUCUGUUCACAGCUGCGCAGUGGAACCUGGCUCAGAGUCUCCUCCCAGAAAUAUGUCAGAGAAACAGCUUCCUGCCAUGAGUGAGGACAUGAUUUCAACACGAAUUAGCGCCAUCAGGAAAUUAAAGGCGGACACGUCACAGUACCUGAGCAAGCUGCGGAACAGAAUCUCCAGGGGUGAUCAGCCAGUUGUUGUGGUUGACCCAAUUGUCCUUUCUAGUGAUGAUGAAGAUGGAUCUUCUGAACCAAAUGAUGAAGAUGGAGUUUCUGAACCAAAAUGUACAGAACUGCUGCAGGGUAAUAGUACUGAUAUUAAAGAAACAGACCAAGAGUCUGACGUCCUUUUCUCAGAAAAGCCAUUGGAAGACAACGUGGAAAGUUGCACAGAGCAGCUUUUAACAGAGUCGGAUGAAGUUAGUUGUCCCAUCAGCUUAUCUUCUCGAAGCACACCUAGUGAACAGAUGAACCCAAGAUUAGAUUUUGAAUUUGAUAAUCUAUACAUUGGGAAAUUUAAAUGGUUAUCAACAGGUCCUGCUAGGUUUAUGACCAAGUAUAUUACGAUACCAUUUCAAGUGGCACUUAAUAAGAAUAUUAAGCUGACAGUGGAUACCCUGGAUUUGAGAAGGUUUGGCGUGUGGAGAAGUGAUGGUGGCUGUUCAACAAUAAUUUUCCUUUGGUUGUCUGCGGAUUAUGUAGAAAAGAUUGAAACCCAGUUGGGAAAGCAUGUUAUCAGCAAACCAUCCAAAUCUAGUGAAUUUGUUUUUCUUGAGUUGUCCCGACCACUCACUGAAGAAGAAGAAGCCAGGCUGUCUGAAUUAAUUGCAGACAUAAGCAAGAAGAACAGAGCACCAGAUCUCCCUGAAUUUUUAUCUUUGAAGCAAGCCUUACCCUUGUUUAAGGACCUGUCUCCUGAAGAAAGCUCUUUUAUGAGUUCCAGUAAAGAUCUGCUAAAGCAAUGUGUGACAAAAGAGAAUACCUCAAAUGCUCAUGAGCCUGCAUUUCAGAAAUCAAAGCCAAAAGUGGCCAGGCCCAGUUACGCCCUUGCAAAUAAGCAGAGUAGUGGUUGCUAUUCUAUCUCUCUGUCCUCUGCACUGAACGAAGAAUGGAAAGAAGUAAGAGAAACUGGAGCAGUUAAGAAUCUGAUUGUUUAUCCACCCCCACCUGCAAAAGGAGGACUAGGAGUCACAAGAGAAGAUCUAGAGUGCUUAGAGUAUGGAGAGUUUCUUAAUGAUGUCAUCAUCGAUUUCUAUCUUAAAUACCUGUUGUUGGAGAAGGCUCCAAAACAUCUUGCUGAACGUACACACAUAUUUAGCAGCUUCUUCUAUAAGUGCCUGACCAGGACAGAAAAGAACUCCGAGGGAGAUCCCAAAGUUUCAGCAGCACAAAGAAGACACAAAAGAGUAAGAACAUGGACUCGCCACAUAAACAUCUUCAAUAAAGAUUAUAUCUUUGUGCCUGUGAAUGAGGAGUCUCAUUGGUACAUUGCAGUUAUCUGUUUUCCUUGGUUAGAAGAAGCUGUAUAUGAGGAGUGUCCCCAUCAGAAUUCACUUCAACUAUCUCCGCUUCAGUCAGAGAAGGAGAGUGAGAACACUGUAACUGCUUCGGUGUUGGCUCUUCCUGAAGAAGAAAUGGAUGCAAACAGAAGUUUAUUCUCAAAAGGUGGCAAUGAAAUUGCUGCUUCUGCCUCAGCCCUGGAUUUAGGUAUUUCUAAAAUCUCCCUGAGUAGUUCCAAAAGGCAAAUUUGUAAAAGGCCUUGUAUACUGAUCUUAGAUUCUUUGAAAGCUGGUUCUGUGCAGACCACAGUUCAGGUUUUGAGAGAGUACCUUGAAGUGGAAUGGGAAGCUAAACAAAAAACACGUCGGGAAUUCAGUAAAUCAACAAUGAUUGACUUCUGUCCCCGAGUGCCUAAACAAGAUAACAGUAGUGAUUGUGGGGUGUAUUUGCUGCAAUAUGUGGAAAGCUUCUUCCAGAAUCCCAUAGUUAACUUUGAACAGCCAGUGCACCUAGAGAAGUGGUUUCCUCGUCAGCUGAUCAGAAGUAAAAGAGAAGAAAUCCGAGACCUGAUCUUGCAACUGCACUUUCAACAGCACAGUGGCAGCAGUAGCUAAUAAAUUGAAUCAGCCAGAUUCGAUUCACCUGGCAAAAAUGUUGCUGUAUGAAGUAACUGGAACUCUGCUUAGUAGCAUCUGGGCUCUUUCUCCUUUGCAAGGAAGAAAAAAAUUACCACAAGAAGUAUUUUGUUUGUUUGUUGUAUAUUUAUUUAAAUAAUUAUUUUAAUUUGGAUGCAGUUGUGGGAUGAAAAGAGAAUGUUAUAGAUAAGUGUAAAUAUGUAAGUUAAAGCUAAUACAUGUAAGUUGUUAACUGAUUUUUUCACUUGGAAUAUGAAAAUGUGUACAGGUAUGUGCCACAAAGAUGUAAAAAUAUUUUGAUCUUUUGGAGCCUGUUCUUUGUAAUUCUACAUAAACAUAACUUACAGCUGGAUGAGCAUGUAGAAGUCAGGCCUGAAGACAGGAUUUUGACCCUAUUACACCGUGUCUCUACUUUGCAGUUCAUACAGAUAGAAUGAAUACUAUGUAUUGUUUUAAUUUAAGUAUCUAAUAUGGACUCUUUAUAGAGAUGUAUUUUUUUUAGUUUGGUUUCUGAUUACAUACAGAAAUAGUCUGAAUGUUUCAGAAUAUUCUGCUGAGAUUUGAGACUGCUGGGUUUUGAUUUUUUUUUCCUCCCUAAGCAUUUUCAUCAUAAAAAUUAUUUCAGUGAGUUGAAGACAUUUGCUUGAGAGUGAGUUUUGAAAUCUUUUAAAGUCAGAGGUAGACUCUUCUGAAUGUCUUCUGUGAUUUUUUUUUUUAUGUCAAAUUUUAGAAAUUCUGCUCUCAAAGUACAUGCUGGUACAAUACAUGUAGGCAAUAGUUUUUACUCCUCUUUGCCUUAUUUUUGGGAAUUAUCCCUGUGAAUAUUAAAGCAUCAUUUGCAUUAAAAAGGCAAGUAGAUUGUGGCUCAAGAAGUUUGAGAUAUUUUACUGAAAUCCUGCUUUUAUUUAGAAAGGACAUUAUUAUAUAUAAUGCCUUGAAGACAUUACAUUUAUAUAUUAGACAAACAGGAUUUAUGCUUUGCUCAGGAGAAUUGCGUAAAGAUGCCCAAAUGUUCAAGUGUUUGAACUCAGGACUUGAUUUGAUAAACUAGCACAAGUUUAUCAUGGUCUAAAUAUAGACUUAUGUAGUUUUUCUCAGACAGUGAUCAUGGAAGACUUUAAUAACAUUUUGAUAUGUGCACACUUUUUUUCUGUAGUUACUACACCAUAGAAGGUGGCUGUUUUAAGAGGAUGCUUUCUCCUGUUCCUCACUGUAACUUUGUGUCAUAGUAACCUUCAGAAGAACCAUGUUGCAGAGAACCACCAAAACCACCUUGUGUUAUAAGCAUAUGUGCAAAACCAGGGAUGUUAAAGCUUGGAGGUAGGCUAGAGAGUAAAAAUAAAAAUUUAGGGCAACCCAAAGGUGUGGACAAUUUUAUGGUAUCACAGAAUUCUCAGGGCCCCUUCCCUCACAGCAACUCUGAUACCUAGCAUUUGGAAAAUCCAGUCAUUAUUUCAAGUUCUGUUCUGUCAUCCAAAAAAAAAAAAAACAACAACAAAACAACAUUGUUUCUCAAACCAGGAAACAUUAUUUCUGGAGAAUAGAGACAAUUUUAAAACCUAAUUUGCUGAGUGCAGUUACUUUAUGUAUAACUGUGGGCAGCCUGGUGCAAUUACCUUGUGUUUUUGACUUUGUUUUUGCUUUAAUUCUGUAUCCUUAUCACUACCCUCCACCAAUAUCUGUCCCUCUCAUCCCAGAGCUUUUGUGACUUUGAUCCCGUAAAUCUCAUCACCACCAUUACUUACAUGGAUAAUCUUUGUAUUUAUUGUAAGAGAUAAACGAUAAAAUGCAGAAAUGUGUACCCUUUCUCUACACCUUUUCAAUUGAUGAAUAUAUUAAAUGUUCCCUUACUACAAAUACUUUGGACUUUUCUUAUGGUAUAAUUAGUUUAUAUCAUACAGCAAUAUUUGUUCUCUUUUAGAUUGACUGGUUUAUAGAUAUUUAAAAACAAGAGUUACGUACAAACUUUUCUAAAUUGAUUUUGUAACAGUAAAGAAUUACCUUUGUAGAUUGAUGUUAGAUAUGUGCUAUGUGAAUGCCAAUACAUUUGAUAUUAAAAUCUCCAGAAGUUGC